AUGUCCGUCAACCACCUCUUUCCGGUCGUCUGCACAGCAAACCUACCAUCCAGUGCUAUAGAUGCACUCCUUACCACCGCACUCGCCGGCUCCGAAGCCCUUAUUCCGAACAGCGAACCCUGCCUUGCCGUGUUAACUAGUCCCGCCGACAACCCAACCUCCAUGCCGAUGUACCCAUCUCGCCCGCCGACCCAGCCUUUUACGUCUCCAUUUAUUGACCAAUCUCCCGCGCAAAUAGCCCAUCAAGUCGGCGGGGCGAGAUUCUUUGCUGUGUUGGACAAGCUAUCGGCGGAGGACAAAACGGCGUUGUUGGUUAAAGUGCAGCGCGAUGUCGGGGAGGGUAUUGAGGUCAAUGUUUUGCGGAUCACAUUUGAUUCGGUGCAGGCCGUACUCCAGGCGCUGGAAGUGGCGAGUUUGGGUUUUGACGAGAUGAUGGAUAUUGCGAAGGAUGAAGGGGGGGUUUAUGGGGCGAUGGAAAAUAAGGGAAAAAAGAUUGGUGGACCAGCGCCGCCGAUGAAGUUGGGCGACAUUCCACCAACGACACCCGCACCAAAGACGUGAGCCAGUCAACAACCCGACACAAAGAGAGAAACUUUAGCAAAUAGCAGUACAAACAGCAAGCUAGAGCCCAGAAGCAAACAAAGUAAAC